AUGGCGUUCGAUACUCUCUAUCCGUACUUGGUCUGUCGCGUGCUGGUCGUCGUCAUGCUUCUCGCGUCCACCGCUGCUAGCGCCUACCGUGUACCGGACGGUCGCCUGCCUGUAGCUCGUCGCCCGCGCCAAGUCGCUGCGUCCGUGGUAACGCCGAGUCACGCGCGCAUCAAGCUCCAACCCUCUCAAAUUCAAGCGCUUCUGGCCCUGGGCACAGCAUGGGGGUUGUGGAACAACAACAAAUCUAACGUGUUCUGUGAUGGGUGGGGGGCCCUCACAGGAUGUAACCGACAGGGCAUGGUAACCCACCU